GAACGUGACUAAUUUCAAUUCGAGCUAACGAGCUUUCUAAUUACGCAGAGCACCCGUACAAUUGUACGCGUAAAUUGAAGCGUUUUACGAGAAAAAUAAAGCUCUCGUCUGGGCUGUCGUCUAGUGGCUGGUGACGUCAGGCUUUGUAUAAAUUCGCGAUACGAAUCGAUGCUAGGUGGCCCAGAUUUAUUCGAAUGUAAAUUUACCCGGUGCACGCCGAUUAAUCGUCGAUCUAAUAAUCAACGCGACCGUGUCUGUAUCGUCCCGUUACGAUACCCUGGUGAGAAAGUGAAAAUUUUCGAAAGAAAGCCGGACAAUUUCUUACGUUCGCGCGUAUCGAGAACGAUUUGCGCGCUCGAAUCGUCGCUUCACGCUUAGCCAACUAUCCGAACGAAUAAUAAAGUUAGCGAGCAGGUCGGCGAGUAAAUUUGAAUUUGUCGGAAAGGCAAAGGUUCGGUGGAGAGGAAAAUUUGCGAUUAACAUCGAGUUUCGCUUAUCUUUUUCCCAGUCGAUUCGUUCUCGUAACAGGAAUAUUUAUAGGUAGGUUAGAACCGGGUCGAGGACAGGAUUUUCUUUUUCUAUCCGAGACCUGACGCGGAUGGAUGGAAUCGUGUGACACGAGAAGCAUGGUAAAAAAUCGUGUCGCAAUUCUAAUUUUAUUUAUUCCACAGGAUAAACCCGUUGCGUACAAAGUAUAUACCUAUAUAACAGGAAAACGUUUAGCAAAAAUAUUCCCUUUCGAAUUAUUCCCUUGUGAUUUAUCAUGGCAGUUCUCUCCGAGAAAGAUAACUCGUUCGGCUUGAUCGAAGGCUACGUUGCGACGACGAAGCUAGUAGUGUAAAAGAGGGGAGAAAAAGGUGUUUCGUCUCGGAAUUCGGAACUCCUAUAAUAUUUGAACUUCAUGCCAGACGACCGCCAGCGAGAACACUAUCAACUCGCCGCCACCUAUCGGUCCCCGACCCGAACCAAAGGCGUCCGGGGAGACGAAACUCUCUCCCUUCCACUAAACGCCUAGUAGUAUGCAGCUAUCGCUCUUAGAAAACGCGUCCGUCUCGUUUACCUUUCGAGCGCUCUUCGUCCUUCCAAUAAUGAUCAACCCUUUCGCUAAAAAUCAAGGUGUACGCGAAUUCUGGUCGAAGGAAAAUAACGAUGCGGUUGAUUAUCGGUCGUUCGCGACAAAGCAGACGUUCGAAGGAUUAUCCGGUAUCCAUUAGAGUUUGAGAGUCGAAGAUAUCGAAAGAUUCGUUUCCAUCUUGAUAAAUAAAGAUCUCGACUCUUUGUCGAAUCGCUUGACGAUGUUUCACUUAUCUUCUUCCAACAAUCGAUUCGAUUUUGUAUAAGAGAAACCUUGUAGAAAUACUCGAGACGCGAGGUACGUAGAGAAACGUCCGUGCCGAAUCUUCAUCCCGAGGGAAUCGAUCGCGACAGCUUCGGGUUUAAAAUAAUAACGACGAAUUUCUCUCGGGAGCGGGUGCUUCGAAUCGACACGUGCAACGCGUUUCAGCUGCCUUUUGCAAUUUCCCCUCGUCUGCCUUAUUCCUCAAUUUCCGUUUUCCUCGAUGGCUAUAAAAAAAAUCAUAUCGUUUCACCUAUUUCCAGCCAUUUGUCGACGUAGAAACGAUUUCUGUGCGGAUUAAGUGCAAACUGGCCUGCCGUUUGAAAGAAGAGAAAGAAGGUUUCUCUUUGUCUGAGAAAGGGGAAAGAAGGAGAAAGUCGCGUAAACACCCUCGAGCAGCAGGCGGUGUCGUUUGCCGGAGCAAGCGAGCUCGAGAUGAAAAGGGAACGGUGUCGAGGCUUGAAAAUCGAGGAAGAAAACAAGCGUGUAUCGUUUCAAACGCGCCUCUUUGUUCUGUCGGGAAACAUUUUCUCGAUGGUCGAGGAGACAAGGGAAACGCGUCGCGAUUACUCUUCCCCUCGUUUUUUUACCUUUUCCCGCGAGAAGAAUUAACGGGUCUUGGAUGCAUCCAAGUUAACGAGUUUACGAGAGAGAUUGAAGGAUGAAAGAGCGCUCAGGGAACGAGACGGCAAAUCGAACUGCAUGGAAAGUGCAUUAUUCUGGGUUCAUCGGGGCUGAGUGUAGGACAAUCUUGACCAUUUUUCGUUUAUUUAUUUGAUCGAACUAACGCGGAUCGCGGCUUCCGUUUUUUCGCGAAGACAGAUAGGGGAGGAAAAGAGGAUGAGACGUGGGCAAGAGAGUUGUUGGCUGUCACAGAAAUUCACAGAAAUUCACACACAGCGAGACUCUAACGAAAAACGUACAACCUCCACUUUCCCGUUGCCAUUCUCUAUGACUCUACGCUGUUCGAUCGGAUAACGAGUUGCUUGUAAAACGGCAUUCGACCGGGGUCGCAACGGAUGGCCAGAAGUUGAAAGCGCACAACGAUAAGUACUUGGAAAGAAUUAAACGUGUAUGUGAAGUGUCGGAAUGUCUCUCUGAACAAACGUGCUCGUAGUAGUUGUUUUCUUUCACGUAGAUUCUUUUUUUCCAUACCGUCAAAGUGACAGGCAUUGCCAAUGAGAGGAAUGAAAAAAAAAGAAAAAGAAAAAGAAAAAAAGAAAUUCCUAGUUGGUGAUUCGGGUUUAAAGAGUAAAGAAGAAAUAUCCCGACAGUAGGUUUAUCCCUACCCUCGGGAGAAUCGAACAGCCCGGUGAAGUUUAGAUUGAUAGAAGGAGAAGAAAUGGACGAGACGUGGGCAAGGGUUGUUGGGUGUUACAGAUGCGGAUUUCUGCUGCGGAAUGCGAUGGCCUGGUGACGCGACCGGCUUGUCGAACCGGUCGUCGACCUCCUCUAACGACCCCAAGAACCAGUACAAGAACCAGAACAAUAACCACUACACGUCGCACCGACACCUUCGCACCCACCUUCGCGGAACCUUGACGGUAAACGUGAGCGUGCUGUUGCUGAGUUUGGCUUCUCCGGACGAGUCCAGUUUGAAAUACGAGGUGGAGUUCUUGUUGCAACAACAGUGGUACGAUCCGCGGUUGCGGUACAGCAACCGAUCACAAUACGAAUUCUUGAAUGCGAUUCAUCACUACGACGAUAUUUGGUUGCCGGACACGUACUUCAUAAUGCACGGGGACUUUAAGGAUCCGCUCAUACCUGUACAUUUCGCCCUACGGAUAUACCGCAACGGCACCGUCAACUACCUUAUGCGGCGUCACCUCAUCCUAUCCUGCCAGGGUAGACUCAAUAUCUUCCCCUUCGAUGACCCAUUGUGUUCAUUCGCGAUCGAGAGCAUAUCGUACGAACAAACGGCGAUCACGUACGUGUGGAAGAACGACGAGGGUACUUUGCGAAAAAGUCCAAGCCUGACAUCGCUGAACGCGUACCUAAUUAAAAACCAGACAAUCACCUGUCCGAUCAAAGUAAGCUGGCGAGCUGACGGACAGAUCAUGGUCGACUACGAGGACGAGUUCGAUGAAUUUGGGGACUCAAAGUGCUCGCUGUGCCAGCGCAGGUUUGAGGAGCAAGGUAACUACAGCUGCCUGAAGGUGGAUCUGAUUUUCACACGAGAUCGUGCCUUCUAUUUCACGACGGUCUUCAUCCCGGGAAUUAUUCUGGUGACCAGCUCUUUCAUUACAUUCUGGCUCGAAUGGAACGCAGUGCCAGCGCGAGUAAUGAUCGGUGUGACAACGAUGCUCAACUUUUUCACCACGUCGAACGGUUUCCGGUCGACGCUGCCGGUCGUGUCGAACCUAACUGCCAUGAACGUGUGGGACGGCGUGUGCAUGUGCUUCAUUUACGCCAGCCUGCUAGAGUUUGUCUGCGUGAAUUACGUGGGUCGGAAACGGCCGAUGCACAACGUCGUCUAUCGUCCUGGAGAGAAUCCUGUCACCCAGCGGCUCCCAGCGGUGCUCAGCAGGAUAGGGAUAAUAUUGGCCAGCCCCUUGAAGCGAGAGGGUGGUCCACCAACCGGAGCUACGACAGGACCGAACGAGAUCGUGACCUGUACCAACUGUGGACCCAACCCUUGCACCCACACCACCACCAACGGAUGCACCGCCGAGUUGAGAAAAAAGGAACCACCGCAUCCGAUAAGAGUAGCAAAGACGAUCGACGUGAUAGCAAGAAUUACCUUUCCGGUCGCCUAUUUCAUGUUCCUCACCUUUUUCUUCAUCCACUACAAAGGCAGCUCGUAGAUCGACACCGGCAAACGAUCCCGUCUGUCCUUUGCGCGAUUACAUGGUUGCCGAAUUCGAAGGGUGAAUCAGGAAUAUCCAGGGAAUAAAGGAAAUCUUUAUCGUGCGCGUGGAGAAGAAACUGAACCGGUGAUUCGAAAUUUCCAAAGUGUGUCUGUCGAACUUUUCCACGUAUGAAAAAGAAUUGAGAAAAUUGAGAAACGAUAUGGAAAUCGAAGGGAAGUGGUUAAAGAAAAGGGCAGAUUCUUUGGGUUCGAUGAAAGAAGGAGUAAAUUAAGGACUCGGUGGAUUCGCCUCUUCUUCGUCAUUUCUCACAUGUGAUAAUUCUUGAAAAAGCACCGUUUGUCCGAAGGGAGCAAAGGGACGCGCAAACAGGAUACGGGCAUGUUCGUUCCUUUACUGUUUUUUUUUUUUUUCUUCUAACGAAUUAAUCACGUCGCUGAUUCGAGGAUGCUUGUAAGAAAAAAAAAAUUAUGCUAGCUGAACAAAUCAAAUUUAUCUACUUAAGAAACGUUACCACUUGUAAUCUCAACUAUACAAGUUAGAGAAGGUCGAUAUACAAGUGUCGUCCAUGAAAUCGCUAACUCGUGAUUCCGCCUUCUACUUAACGAUCGACCUUUUAUUUCCGUGUCUUGUCGAUUUACAGUGUAAUCGAGGCAAAAUCAACGUGAUCGCAACUUAUGUAUAACUCUAUAUUCGUAGACCUUUGAAAGAACGAAAUAAAGACGUUCGCUUUCAACCGAGGGAGCAGGGCUGCAAAAGCAUACAAUUCCGCUGUACAAAAUGAAACAAAUAUAAAUAUAUGCGUAUACACAUGUACGUAUAUCUCGACGUAUAUACGUAUAUACGUGUAUACGCAUAUAAAUUUGGUUAAUCAAUCGUCGUUUCAUCGAAGCUUUUCGGUAGACAUUUCUCGUUACGCGUACAAUCAGAAUCGAAAGUAAACGCAUAAGCUUGGUAAAUUCAGAAUUAUACUCGCUUUCGACUCUAACUUGUACGUAAGACAAUUACGUACAUGCGCGCUAUUGUUCAAAGAUCUUAGGAGAACCUUCAACUUUGAAAGUACGAGAACUAAUUUCACUAGAAAAUGAUAAAAAUGUCCUAAGACUUUCGAACGACAGCAUCGUGUAUCCUUUUCGAUCGUUCGAGAUAGCUUUCGCGUUGAUAGUUGAAAAAAAAAAGACAAAAACAAAGAAAACAAUUUCUAAUCUACCUGUAACGAUCGAUUGCCAGAAACGGAAGCAAAGGCAAAGGAAAAGGAACUUCUCGCUAGACCAGACGCGAAUACUAGACGUGUAGGAAACAAGGAAACUCGAUCGAAUUGGAUCAGAUCUAAAUUAAACGAGGAGACGGAAAGCACAGGGGGAACUUGAAACGUAUUACGGGUAAAGCUUGCGAUUUAGAUCUAACAAAGUGCCCAUAACUCGAUGGAGGAACGUAGAAAUAUCAAAAUGUCAGGUAAUAGAGAAGAGGAUUUCAUUGAAACUUUGAAAGUAAACCGUAUCGUAGAAUGAAUAAAAACAGGCAGAAAACAAUCGAGAACUGAUAUAUUCGACGUUUCUCCAAAUAGUCCGCGUACCUUUAGCAAUCUCGUAUCGCUACGAUACUCUCUCGACACUAUCGUUAUUAUUAUCAUCGUUGUCAUCGUUAUUAAUUGCCACAAUUACCAAUCGUUACGUUCUCCUCAUUGUUACUGUUAUUCUUAUCGAUUAUUUAUUAUCAAUAUGAUUUCUAUUACUGUUACUAUCGUCAUUGUUAUCGCUACGAGAGAAUGAGAGAAAGAAUGAGAGAGAGAGAGAGUAAUUAUUAUUAUCACUAUUACUAAAUACCGCUGCUAUCGUACUACUAUGUCGUUAUUGCUAUUUGUAAGCAUUCAUUCUUAUUGUGAAUUAUCGGUGGGAUUACACGAGAAAAAGUGGCCGAAAAACAGCAAAGAAAAAAAAAAAAAAAGAAAAAGAAAGUUAAAACACGAUAAAACGAUUUUUAUCGAUCGAGCCACUUAAUUCUUCAGCAAUAUUUAAUCGCAGACCAAAAUGUUACACAGUUCGAUCGCGUUUCACGACAAUUACGUAACUCGAUCGUCGGAGUAAACGUUCUCUUCGAGCAAAACGAUCGAGAGUAUAAUGAAGUUUUACGAUUUCACCAAGCUCAAAGUUUAAACUCGCACGAGAACGAAAGAGUACGAUAUGUCUUAAAUUGUCUAGAGUAAACAGAAAUCGAAUUUUCUAUAAUUAUGUCCGUUGCAGUCGCGGUAAUAAAACGUUGUCGAUGGAAAAAUAAUCGUUAUCGACAUCCUCGACGAUCGUCGUGAAAUUAACAGCGUAACUGCGUACGAUAUAAUCAUAUUAUACCCGCUAUCUUUAUUACGAUUAUUAAUUAGGAUCGUAGAUGAUAAUCGUACGAUCAUCGAGAAUAAGCUUCUCCUUUUAUGGCGCCGAGUUAUCUCUUCGUGAAUAACGCAUAAUCGACACAACGAAUAUUGCCGUAGAGCCAAGCAUCGUCUACAUUCUACAGGAAAGAAAAGAGACAAAAACGUCUUUUAAAAAAAAGAUCGGAAGUCGAUGAUAAAGGGAACGAACGUUCCAUCUACCUACAUACUAAUAUGCCAUAUUUUAUACGCGUCACCGGCCGCGAAUGAACAAACAGUCGUUUAGUUGAUAGGGUGCGUUGAUAAAUAAAUUAAUUAACGUUUAAAUACGCCACGGACCAAGACACACGUAAUCCUAAUUCUUUAGCGUGAUGUAAUUAGUUGCACUUGCGCGGUGAUACUCUUACGCGAACGCGUCUUCGAUUCACUCUUCGUUUUACUUUUCGCUAAAAUGUGUGUUAGAUUUUGUAAAGGAAAAAUAUACAAAUUUUACUAUACCAUUUUAUCAAAUAUCUGUAUAUUUUUCGCUUUUAUGAUCAUCGACAUUCCUAGUAGAAUGACAGAGGAUUAGCGCGUCGAACGGCACGAGUAGUAAUAGUCAUAAUUAAUGCGGCACACGAGCUAAUUGCUCUUGAAACGUUUUACUCCUCUUUGCUUUUCUUAAGUGUUAUUAAUUGUUAUUAUUAAUUAAUUGUAUUAAGUUUGAAACACCGAUCACCGGUGACACCCAUACUAGUCAUGCUAGUCAACGUGUUAAGAAUAUUAAUUAUUUCUUUUUUAUGGUCGAAUCGCGAAACGAAGGGUGAAUCAAACGUCACGGGCUUGAUCGUCGAUUUUUUUAACGAUUCAGCAAUUUCAGAGCUUAAACAGCUUUUUACCAACGCGUUUCUAUUGUAGUCUGUCGCUUAACGCAUGAUUGAAAAAGAAUUUGACGCGUUCGCAGGUGUAAACAAUUGACACCUUUAUCGAUGGUGCGAAAGUUCAAAGAUUGCCGAAGGAAAAUAACGAUGCAAUUAAGAGAAAAAUGAACGACAUUUUCAAAGGCACAGAGGGUUCGAUUCGAAAAUCCUACAGUUCAAAAACACGUUUUCAUUUUUUGUACUUUGCAUCGAAAAUUCUCUUAGGCUGAUUAUCGUUGAAUAGCAACCGAUUACAGCUGGCUUUUCGCACUGAUCGAAUUAAAUUCACGCGAAUUUGCACGGUUUUCCAUGUAAAUUAUACGUAUAAGCAUCGCGCUCGAUGUAAAACACAGUGUCUUUCAAUCUAUCGUUCCGUUCGGAAGAAACUCAAGGAACCAAAGAUACGUUUCUCGUUCGAAUUAAAACGUUACUGUUCGUUUUUGAUAAAACCCGCGUUGAUAUUUGUCGAUUUAAAUUAGCUUAUUCCUAUCUUCCGAGAGCGCAUCGUGCAACACCUGUUCCGUUGAACGCGACGAAUUUCAUUACGCUUAUUCUUUCUCGUCUGAAAGGAAAGGAAACGAGGGGAACCUAGAACCAUUCAGAGUGCCAUUAAAGCAACAAUUUAGAAUUGUUCGAAGGGUAGCCGAAAAGUGCGUCUCUGAAUCGUCUCGAUAUCUUGAAAAAAAAAAAGAAAUAUUCGUAUUUGCCUCUCUAAGUGGCAAAUUGCCAAUCUCGGCGUUUUCUUCUAAACGACAGAACACAGAUCUCCCAGUGAGCGCCGCUUAGAGAAAUAAUAUUGUAUUCCCUCGCGAAAUGUCGCGAGUUAUGAAUAAAUAAAAAGUAACCGA